AGCUUGAAGUAUAAUGUGUGAAUGUUACUGGCAUCAUGACAACUGUUAGACAGAGAAAAGGAAUAAAAAUUACAGAAGCUCCAGAAGAAUGUCACUCACACGAGAAGAGCUGGAAACUUAAUGGGAGGAUUGUAGCUGGUGGAAAGCUAUGGAAGAAAGUUUCAUUAAUCGUUGGUGGAAUUGUUGGCAUUUCCCUGGGAAUUCUCACUUCUGUUUAUGUUGCUACGCUACAUGAAAAUGAUCUAUGGUUUUCCAACAUCAAGGAGGUAGAGCGGGAGAUUUCAUUUAGGACAGAAUGUGGCCUUUAUUACUCUUAUUACAAGCAGAUGUUGCGGGCUCCAUCCAUUCAGCUAGGUUUACAUGGCUUGAUCUAUGACAAUAAAACUGAAUCAUUGCGGACAAUUAACAUACUUGGAAGAAUGAAUGUUUACCAAGAAGUAUUUCUCAGCAUUCUAUAUUCAGUUUUUCAUAUGAAGAAAUUUUUAGAACCUGUUUAUUUUUACAUCUACACAUUGUUUAGUCUUCAGGCAGUCUAUGUCACUGCUUUAUAUGUCACCAGCUGGCUUCUUAGUGGAACUUGGCUUUCAGGUGUAUUAGUGGCCUUCUGGUAUAUCACAAACAGAAUAGAUACCACCAGGGUGGAAUUCACCAUUCCAUUAAGAGAAAACUGGGCACUGCCAUUCUUUGCUGUUCAGAUAGCAGCAAUUACAUUCCUGUUCAGACCUCAUUUACGGCCUACUCAUGAAAGAUUGACACUUCUUGCAGUAUUUAUUUCAACCUUCCUCUUCAGUUUGGCUUGGCAGUUUAAUCAAUUUAUGCUGUUGAUACAGGCGUUGGUUUUGUUUACACUUGACUGUCUUGACUUGCUUCCUAGAGGAAAAGUGACUUGGAUCUAUAUCAUACAAGUGGCUAGUUUGCUGCUUGUUUGUCUUUUACAGUUCUUUAAUUCCAUGAUAGUAGGAUCAUUACUUGUAAGCUUUAAUACGUCUGCCCUGUUAGCAAGAAAACUUCAGAAUAACCUGAAAACUGGAGGUUUGUUUAGCAGGCUUGGGAAACUUUUCGUUCAUGUCCUCUUAGUGCUAUGUUUGACGUUUCUUGUAAAUAAUUUUAUUAAGAAAGUUCUUAAUCUGGAGUCAGACGAGCAUAUAUUUAAAUUCCUGAAAGCAAAAUUUGGAUUUGGAGCCACAAGAGAUUUUGAUGCUAACCUGUAUCUGUGUGAAGAAGCUUUUCGUGUUUUACCUUUUAAUACUUUCACAAGACUUUCAGACACUUUAGUUUUUUAUGCCUACAUAUUUGUGCUUUUUGUGAUGGCCAUAACAGCUGUAUUUGUUAGUUUUCAAAAUCUCAGUGGUUCUGCAAACAUCAAAGCCACGGAUAAACUACAAAAGUGUGCAACACUACUGAAACCUGGUGCUGCUUACAACUUAGUACACACUAUUCUGUUUGGAUUACUGGCUUUUAGCACAAUGAGGAUGAAAUAUCUCUGGACUUCCCAUAUAUGUGUGUUUGCAGCUUCUGGUUUGUGCAGUAGUGACAUGUGGGGACUGAUCUUGAGAUUUGUCCAUCUUUACACACCUCAAAGGGUAUCUGUGAUUAGAUAUUUAACUCCAGUGCUCAUAUUACUGUAUCUUUGCUAUAAGUUCUGGCCCGGAGUGAUGGCUGAGCUGUCCGAGCUGAGAGAAUUCUAUGACCCAGACACAGUGGAGCUUAUGAACUGGAUUAAGUCUAACACCCCCAAGAAGGCAGUGAUAGCUGGAAGUAUGCAGCUCUUAGCAGGCGUCAAGUUGUGUACAGGAAGAAUUUUAACCAAUCACCCCCACUACGAGGAUAAGAGCCUGAGAGAGAGGACGAAACAGGUUUAUCAAGUGUAUGCAAAAAGAUCGCCUGAAGAUGUCCACAGGAUCCUCAGAUCUUUUGGCACUGAUUUUGUGAUCCUGGAAGAUAGUAUUUGUUAUGAAAGAAGGCACAACAGAGGCUGUAGGCUGCGUGAUCUCCUUGACAUAGCAAAUGGCCACACUAUGGAUGGCCCUGGGGAAAAUGAGCCUGAUCUGAAAUCAUCACCGUAUCCUCGCUUCUGUGAGGAAAUCAAAAGAAACCUGCCUUCGUACACGACGUAUUUUGCUAAAGUAUUCCAGAACAAAACAUUCCAUGUGUACAAGCUUGCUAGACAUAAAAAGGCCACAUAACUUUUCCGUGAUCACAGUGGAAAGUGCUAAGGGAGUUUACAAAAAUGGCUCAUAUGAGAGAGAGAGAAAAGUUGUACACUGGUUCAAAGUAUUUACUUUUUAAUUACUGUGACAAUUCAAAACGGUUUGUUUUGAUAACUUUUUUAUGUGUCCAGAAAACAUGUGGAUUACAUAAGGCUGGUUUGCAAUGCCUGUGGUGUGUACACUGCACAAUUGAUGGUGUGCAAGACUGUUCCACAACAUCUAUCUGCCAUGUCAUGUGUGACUCCUUUUGUUGUGAAGGACGAUGCACACACACCUCAUCGCAAAAGAUGUUUGACAUGGAAAGAGGGGAGGGGGCGUUGAUCCUGAGACUUACUCCAAUGCCAAACAAAUGCAAAGCCUACUCACCAGGGAAUUACACAGACUGACUAUGGUCUCUUUCCAUUAACUGCUAAUAUAGGGAAUUCUGCUCAGGGUCUGGCUUGCUAAUAUGUUCCUGUGAUACCAGGGAGUGGGAGAGCAUUCUGUUCUUUUUCUUUUCCUUAGGAUGCUCUAGAACACUAAU